AUGGCACCCCUCACGCCCCAUUGGACCCAGCCGUCCCACCCGGACGUCCAGGAGGUCGUCAAGGCGAGCGAGACCGAGUUCCUCACCAAGAGCUUCUCCAAGGUGUCUCUGCCACCCUUUGCCGUCUUCGCAAAGAUGUCGUUCCCGCCCUGCGACUUGGCCGACGAGCCCACAUAUGCCACCGUCCAGUGCGGAAAGGACAAGCACCUGAACCUCAACAGUGACCUGUUGUACAUCAACCAUUCGUGCGAACCGUCUCUUAUUUUCGACACAGGCAACUUUAAUGUCCUGGCUGGCCCGAAAGGACUCCAGCCCGGCGAUGAAUUGACCUUCUUCUACCCCUCCACCGAGUGGCACAUGGCCCAGCCCUUUGACUGCUUCUGCGGCACCCCGUCGUGCCGCGGCACGAUUGGCGGCGCGCGCGACAUGCCCCGCGCCCAGCUAGAGGGCCUCUGGCUCAACGGCCACAUCCGCGAGCUCCUCGAGGACCGCGACGCCGGGAUCCCGUCUGGAAACGACAGCGAUCCCACGGCCCAGGCGCUGAGAGAUGCCCUCAAGGCCGCCGAGCACGUCGUCGAGGCCGCCCGCUCCGCCCUCAGGAGCUAUAACGAGGCCGCGGGCCGCGGCAACGGCCAGCAGCAGCAGCAGCAGCAGCAGCAGCAGCAGACGACCAAGAACGGCAUCAACGGCACCAAGGCCAUGGGCCUUCUCUCGUCGGCUUCCCGCGAGCAGCCUGGGGCUGUGGGCGCCGGCCGUAACGGCGCGAGUGCCAGGGAGUUGGGAGGCGAGAUGGGCGGCGACACGCGCGCUGCCUGA